AUGCUGUUGCUUGUCUUUAUUGCGCUCUACCGCUUAUUUGACUUUCUGUUUCUUUGCUUUCUGAGUUGGUCCUCUGGUUCGACCCAGUCACCACCAGUCUUACGCCACUGCCUCUUUUCUGAUUCUAUUCUCACUGAGCAGCUGAAGAGGCUGGCAGUGGCACAGUGCAAGGAUGAGGAGGGGGAGGAGCAAGAGGAGACAGAGGAAGCGCCGAGCUUGCCUGAGAUCGGGUCCAGCACCUCGGUGAUCACCCCGCUGCUUUCAGCGACUUCCUUGCCUCCAGUGCCACCACCCACUUCGUCCCCGUCAGUGAACUUCCUGGACGAUGCGGUUCCACCGGCCCCGACUUGGGACACGUUGAAGGACGAGAAGGUACCUGAAGAGGUCUCCGUCCUGGCUUCUGUUGGCUCGGCCCUUCAUGGGACAGGCAACUGCAAGCCCUGUGCCUGGUUCUGGAAGCCGCAGGGCUGCCGGAAUGGACGUGAGUGCGGGCACUGCCACGUGUGUCCGGCCGGCGAGUCCAAGAUGCGAAGGCUCGUGAAGUUGGCCGCGCUGCGCACCCACGAGGAAGCGAAGGAAUCCCAGGAAUCCCAGGAAUCCCCCAGCACUUCGCUGUCAGGGCCCAUGUGGAGACCCCCGCCGGGCUUGGAGCUUGAGAUGCCACUACCCCCAUGCCCACCACCCCCCUUGCCUCCGAACCUGCAGUCGCUGCAGUCCUUGGGAGCACGUCACGGAGCCGAAAGCCAGGGCUUGCAUCUCUGGUCCCAGGAAAAUGACCGAGAGGGUUCCGCAGAGCUGAAGGCGCACCCGGAAAGGAUCACGGGCAUCGUUUUGCAGCCGAUCGAGCGACCUUUCGGGCAGCUCGAGGAUCCGAUUGAUGCUCCCAUCAGCAGCCUUGAGCAAAGCCCAGAGAAAUGGAGCCUGAAGCCCAUGACGAGGUCCGCCGUGAAGCCUGUCAGCAUGCUUGGCAGAAGCCUUGACCAAGUCAUACGCCAGCCUCUCAAUCUCCUCUCUGAGAAGACCCUGGACAAGCUCGAGGAUGCUGGUGAGGGUGCUGUGAAGCCCACUUCCAAUGAACGGACCUUUGUGACCUCCACCCUUCGACUCCCUGCUCUUCAUGGCUGCGUCAUCUGCGGCUCGCGGAGUACAUGUUCCUGCCCCCGAGUUCACUCAGAAGUGGCGCCCGAGCGUUUUCCAUCGCAAGACCUGGAUGCGAUUCAGGCAGAUGCGCUCGCUGAGCUACCAUCUGUGGGCUCUGUGCUGCAUGCAAAAGGUUGCUGCAGCCCAUGUGCCUGGGUCUGGAAGCCGCAAGGAUGCCACAAUGGGAGCAACUGUGGUCGUUGCCACUUAUGCCCCCCAGGGGAGGUGAAGCUGCGCAAGAAAGCAAAGGCAAGGGAGGCUCGAAGUGCAGCCAAGGAAGUCUCCAUGCCGGCAGUUCUGUGA